AUGGCGGGACCGCAUUCGCGGGCCAGUAGCUCCCCGUUCGCGACACACCAGCGCUCCUUCCUUCUCCACUCAACCACGCAGACUCGCCUCGCGAUCAUCGCCGCGCUGCUAGUCGUCUCCUUCUUUCUCGUCCUCCCUCAAUCCACUCGCGAGCUUCUUUUUCACACCGGCACCUCACCAGAAUCCCUCUCCCCUUCCGCGUUUCCGGGUCGCGAGGCUCCAAAUGCCACGUCAGCCAUGAAUUUCCACGAGGACGCUGACGUGGAGCACGUCACCCGGUCGCCUCUGGUCCCGCUGACGGUGCUUGCUGACCUGGAUGAUGACGGGGCAGUGUGCUUAGAUGGCUCGCCGCCGGCCAUCCAUCUCUCCCCCGGAUGGGGUCGCGGUGCGAACAACUGGCUGAUAUAUCUCGAGGGCGGGGGGUGGUGUAACAGCGAGGAGGAGUGUGCGCAUCGCGCCGCCACCCAUCUGGGCUCGUCCAAGCGCAUGGGGGGACUCAUGGCCUUCGGAGGCAUUCUCUCCCAUGACCCCACAGUCAACCCUGGUGCGUUGAAGGUCAAUCCUGUCCAGACAAACAACGGUCUCGUCUUUUUCCGGGGGAGGCGCAUCUUCGACGCCGUAACCCGGUACCUCGUGUCCCACCACGGCAUGGGGGCGGCAUCCCUUGUUUUAUUAUCCGGCUGCUCUGCUGGCGGUCUCGCAUCCUUGCAGCACUGUGAUAGGCUGGCGGAGAUUCUGCAGCAAUCCUCCAGCCAAUCAGGAACGAGCGAGAGAGCAGGGGCCGAGGAAGGAAGGGCGGGUGGAGGAGCGGAGGAGAGGGCGAUGGAAGGGAGAGGGCGAGUGGGGGGAGGUCCAGUGGUGAAGUGCAUGGGUGAUGCGGGGUUCUUUUUGGACUCAGAGGAUGUUGGAGGAGUGAGGCGCAUGCGAGAGCGGUUCAAAGCGGUUGUUGAAACUCAGAACGUGUCGCUGCAUGAGCGGUGCACGGCAGCGGUGGCACCACAGGACCACUAUCUCUGCUUCUUCCCGGAGCAUCUCCUUCCCUUCCUCUGCCAGCCCUUCUUCGUUCUCAACCCCCUCUACGACUCCUGGCAGGUGUCUUUCUCAUUCGCCCAGCAGCAUGCCUUCCCCUCUCUGGAUUGGCACCACUGCCGCACUGACCUGCGCUCCUGCCCGCCCCACCUGCUGCAGCUGCUCCACG